AUGGCCGAGUACCGCAGCUUGCUGGAGGAGCUGGCCCAGAACAUCACGGCUGAGGACCUGGAGCAGCUGAAGUCGGCCUGCAAGGAGGACAUCCCCAGCGAGGAGAGCGAGGCCAUCGCCACCAGCCACCACUGGUUCGCCUUCCUGGAGAAGCACAGCAAGCUGGACAGAGACAACCUGUCGUACAUCGAGCACAUCUUCGAGAUCUCACGCCGCCCGGACCUGCUGACCAUGGUGGUGCAGUACCGCACCCAGGUCCUCAAGAUCUCCGAGGAGGACGAGGUGGACACCAAGCUCACCCGCAUCCCCAGUGCCAAGAAGUACAAGGACAUCAUCCGGCAGCCCUCGGAAGAGGAGAUCAUCAAACUGGCCCCCCCGCCCAAGAAAGCCUGA